CCACCAUCCAUCAACGGUGCGAAGGAGAGUAAAAUUCUGAAUAAUGUCGUCUAAUAAGCCUGUUCGUCCCGAUGAAACUGCUCAUAAAAAUGCAUUAAAUGAAUUAGAUGCUAAAAUUAAUGAAGUUAAGAAGCAAUUUUCUGAACACAAGGAAAAGCUUGGAACAAUUCGCGGUGGUGGUUCCUUGCAAGAGAAGAAUGCAGAGCUUCGUACUGAAUUGGAUAAAAUUCGCAACGCCCAGUCAUCCAUUCGUACUUCUAAGCAAGCCCUUAUUAACAAGGUGAAAGCUCAAGAUGAGGCCUUAAAGAAGAAGAUUAACGAUCUUAAUGCCUUGAGAAAAACUGUUCCAUAUAAGUCGGAGGCUGAUCUCGAUCGUCACGUUCGUCAACUUCAAGCCGCCGUUGACUCUGGAACUUUGAAGAUUGUUGACGAAAAGAAGUACUUGAGGGAAAUUACUCAGUGCAACCGUACCAGAAGAAGCUUUACUGAACUGAACACGCUUCAAUCUGCCGUCGAUACCAUGAAGAGUGAACUUAAUGAGCUUCGCAAUCAACUUAAUGAUCCCGAAUCCAAGAAACUCAGUGAAAAUUUUGUUCAAAUUCGCUCUCAAUUGGAUGAAGUUCGUCAAAAGCAAGACAGUUACUAUAAGGAUCAGCGCAAGAUCUUCAGUGAACGUGAUGCCCAAAAAGCUGUUUUGGACGAAUUAUACAAUCAACGUAGAGGACUUCAAAGAGAAUAUGAUACCCAAUUGCGCGCUUUUCGUACUUAUGAGCGUGAACAACGCGCUAAGCGCCAAGAACAAAUCCGUUUAGAGCGUGAGGCUCGUGAUAAGGAGAAGAAGCAAGCCGUAGCCCAACGAAAGUUGGAAGAGGCUAGCAUUCCUGCCUUCACCGAGGAAAUUCUUGCUUGUGAAAAUUUGCUCAAGAUGUUUCAUGUUUCUAUCGGUUCCUCCCAAGCCUCUGAAAUUGAUAGCGUAAAGCAAUCUCCCGCCAACAAUAUGCGCCCCCGCAGUCUUGCCCCUCGUCAUGUCGACCCUAUUCCAGAAGGUACUGUUUUGAAGAAGGACAACUCUGAUGAUGAUGCAAUCUUCUCCGGCCUCAAGAAGUCCAAGCCCAAGAAAUCCAAUAAAAACAAUCACAACAACCAAGCAGACUCUGAUAGACUCAACCUUUCAUUGGGUACUAUUAAGGAGUUCGACUUCGUUGGUGUUGAAGCUCCUUUGACUAAGACUCAGGUUGAGCCUGCCAUAGAGCAGCUUAAGGAACGUAUUGGUGAAUUAAAAGGAAAGCAAGAUUCUGCUACUAAGGAACGUAUUGAGAAGGCUAAGAAGGAGCUUGAAAAAAUUGAAAUUAGCUUCACUCGCAAAGCCGAGACUGAAGCUACUCCUGUAAUUGAACAAGAAGCUGCUUAGUUGACUGAUUCAUACAGAGAUAUCUAAGAAUACCUCCUAUAUUACUAUCAUUUUGAUUUACCUAUAAAUUCUAGAAAAGCGAAUAAAUAAUUUUGGCACAAAUGCAUUAGCUACAUUUGCUCAUAUGAAUAAAGCAUUCUUUCUUCUCUAUAAUAUCCGUACUAACUACUUUUCUUCCAUAUCUAAUAUUUUCUCCAAUUAAACUCAAGCAGUUUUCUCAGUAGAUACAUUUUGGUCUCCUUCAUAUUUAGGUCCUUCGAUCUGCAACUUUAAAGUCCUGGAUAAAAACAGUUAGUUAUCAGUUUACUUAAUAUACCAAAACAAACCUUUUCUCAGCAUUCGAUAUCAUGACGUUGCACAUGCGAACGCUUCUCCACAAUGGAAUAUAAACGUCUUUUUUAAUAAUGCUAUUUUCUCUUUUUAGAUCAACGUGAAGAAGGGUAUUACCUAAAGGAAGAGUUUCAAAAUGCUUCCUGAAAAUACUGUCCUCUGGGAAAUAAUCAACUGUGACAGCUUCAUGGUCUAAGAAAAUCAACAAGUCCGAUAGAUCAGUAGAUAAAACACAGUCUUUGUUGAUACAAUGACUUGCAAGUCUUGAUCCGUCGCUUUGUACACGGAAAACACAGACAUCAGUAUCUUUGGCAACUUCCUUGGAUAAACUUCCGAAAUCUUGCCUUACAAAGAUCUUUAGACCUCCAUGCACAAACUUCACUCGGUUUCGAUUACAUUCUAUAAUAUUUUUGAAUAAACUGUUAGAGACGUAUACCGCGCGAGAUAUUGUUCCUUCUAAAUUUCGAACAAAAAAUAAGUCCUUUUUCAAAAAGCUUUCAUUCAUCUUGAAUGACUUAUAGAUUUUAUCGAGCAUCUCAUCAUUGUCUUUAAUAUAAACAAAAGGAUCCAGCUCAUGGUAUCUGUUUCCUGCCUUCAAAGCUCGAUUUUCUGCAGAUAAUAAUCGUUUUUCAAAUUUUGAAGAUUUUUGUUUCUUCAAAAUAGGCUGCUCAAUUUCUGCUUUUUUACCUGCUUCAUCCGAAACUUCUUGUUCUGGAAUGUCUUUCUCCAACGACACUUCUGAGUCGUCACAUUUUUCUAACACUGCUACGAAAAAGCCGCCGGUAUUCUGAUGAUGAGGGUACACUCUCAUGCAUCUUUCAAUUCCCAUUUGUUCGAGCUCUUCCUCGGGUAAUGGCCAAAGUGAUUUGGCCAUUUUUCCAUUGAGGUCUUUAGGAAGCGAUUCAAAUGAAGGAUAUGUGUUCAAAUCGCUAUCACAGACAGUCCAACUUUUCACACCAGGGCUUCUUUUUAAUUCCUGUACUUCAUCUUUUACAUCUACUAAUCUAGUCGAACCUUUACUUGAUUUCAAAGCAGCAGCAACCACAGCUUCAUUUUCAAUCGGGUUCAUAGAACAAGUAGAAUACACAAGACGACCACCAUUAGCGAGUAAAUCGAUGCCACGUUUUAGAAUCUUUAUUUGCGUAGAAUGUAGAC